AUGGCUUCUAAAGACUUCAAAGUCAUCAUUGCCGGCGGAGGUAUUGCUGGCCUGAUGCUAGCCAACCUUCUUGAAAAAUUCGGCAUUGACUACGUCAUCCUCGAGGCAUAUCACGAAAUGGCUCCUCAAGUUGGCGCAAGUAUCGGCAUUCUUCCGAACGGCUCCCGUGUUCUUGACCAAUUGGGACUUUAUGACGAGAUCAGAAAGCUUAUUGACAGCCCUCCUUUCACAACGUCCCUUUGCGAUUCCAAGGGCAUUGCAAUCAGUCAAUACCAUGGUAUCGGUGACCAGAUGAGGGGACGACACGGUUAUGAUGUUAUUUUCGUGGAUCGGCAAAUGAUCCUUGACGUGCUGUGGAGAAACCUUAAGAGCAAAGACAGAAUUCUCGUCAGCAAAAAGGUCACGCGAGUGUCACUUGAGUCGUCUGGAGUCAGAGUGGAAACGAAUGACGGGGAAUCGUACUCGGGAGACAUCUUGGUAGGGGCAGACGGCAUUCACAGCAAGGUGCGAAGCGAGAUGUGGCGACUUGCGGACAAACUUGAGCCUGGCUAUAUUCCUGCCUCAGAACAUACAGGUAUGCGCACAAUGUUUGAACUCUACGAAGUCCCCAGACUUACGCCUCAAUCAGAGUGCCUUCCGACGGUCUACAAAUGCAUUUUCGGUAUCUCCUUGGUAGAGAACUGGCAGGCCAGAACCACUCAAACCAAUUUUGGCAAGCAAUUCUCCUACCUAGUAAUCUCCGGCCCAAAGAGUCGAGUUUACUGGUUUCUCUUCGUCAACAUGGGCAAGACGCACUAUGGCCCGGAUCUCCCACGCUUCACUAAAGAAGAUGAAGCAGUUCUGGUCAAGGAGCAUCAGAACGACAGGAUCACCGGCGGUUUUACUUUUCGGGACCUGUACUCUGCCAAAAUAUCCUCUGUUCUUACCCCACUUCCAGAAUAUGUUUUUGAAAAGUGGCACUUCAACCGUAUCAUAACGAUCGGGGAUGCGGCACACAAAGUACAUGCCUUUCCAAAAUAUUUCGGCAAACCUACUAUUGGUUCCAUUCACUGA